AUGGCUGAAGUGAAGAGCAACCAGUUUACUCAGGAGGAGGUACAAAGUAUUAUCAAGCAAGCCUUGAACAACAAAAAAUUUCAGGUUCUGGACGAAGUGAUCGGUUUGAGCCCGUAUAACUAUGCUGACAGUUUGAACUGGAACAAACAGGCUGUUGAACAGAUUACAAAAAGACUUGUGGCACUCAAUAGACCAUAUAAGUACAUAGUAUCGUGGCAGUAUCGCUGGGAAACGAAGAAUAUUCUGGUCGUUGUGUACGUAUAUGCGUUGGCAACUUCGUAA